CACAAGUGUCAUCACAAUAUUUUAAGGGCUCAACACUCAGGCCCAGGCCCAAUAAAGAGUGUUAAUGUCCAUUUCCGUAACUCCACAAUCCACAUUACACAGCAUGAAAAGUGCGACGCAAGCCGUUAAGUUGAAUUUGUUUAGCUUCCAACACAAGCUGCACACUCAGACUCAGAGGCCGUUUAAAAACCCACUCACUCCACUUGCGUCGUCGUCGUUUCCAAUUCCAUACCAGUCUCUCUCUAUUUCCUAACCGCAUUUCCAGAAAAACGCCAUGUUUGAGGUUAAAAGCGAGCUUGAUGAUUUCGAAUUCGAUUCACCUCGUCGAGAUUUGCUUCAGUUACGUCUUUAUUCGCCCAAUUGUGUUAGCGACACUUCUCCUCUGGAAACAACCCCUGAUGCAAGCAGAAUAAAAGCCCAAGUUAGACGCUCGUGUUGGACAGAGGAAGAGGACAACCUUCUGAUUGAGACAGUCAAGAAGCACGAUGGAAGGAGCUGGAAGAAAAUAGCUACAUAUCUUCCAGGGCGCACCGACGUUCAAUGCAUGCAUCGCUGGCAAAAGGUUUUAAAUCCUGAGCUUGUAAAGGGACCAUGGACAAAGGAGGAGGACGAUUGCCUCAUUGAACUAGUCAGAAAGUAUGGUUUGAAGAGAUGGUCUGUUGUUGCAAAAUUCUUACCAGGUCGUAUUGGGAAGCAAUGCCGAGAGAGAUAUCAUUUCAGGUGGCACAAUCACCAUGAUCCAGCUAUAACGAAGGUUGCAUGGACAGAGGAAGAGGAAUCAGUACUUGCUUACUAUCACCAAGUACACGGUGGUAAGUGGGCAGAAAUUGCAAGGAUUCUUCCUGGAAGGACUUGCAAUGCUAUAAAAAAUCACUGGAACUGCUCAAUGAAGAAGAAAAUGUAUGCAUCACCUAAUGAAACAGUUUCUCUCAAUCAGAGUCACUGGUUGGCACACAGUAUUGAUAACUCAUCCACUAAAUUGACUCUUCAAAGCACUUCUGGGGUGGAAUUUUCCUCUCCAAAGAGCUAUUUUAAUGGGGAAACUCCUAAGGCCUCAAGACAAGGAGAAAGCAGAUUGAUUAAUUUACCAACAGACUUGUCUUUGAAUAAUUUUCCGGAUAUGCUUGCUACAAAUUUGUUUUGUUCCCCUCUUGCCACUACUGUUCAUUAUGAGGCAUAUGAAUCUCCCAAGCGGCAAAAGGUUUAUUCUUCAGAUGCAGAGUUUACUGUUGUUGAUGAAUCUGACAGUCCUCAGUGUGAGAAGAAAGACCAAGUUGGAAGUGAAAGCCACAGCAAAAUCAGCUCUAUGCAAGAUACAGGUUGCUCUUAUGUUACCCCAAAAUCUAAAUUCAGUAAUUACAUGGGUAGCGUCAGCCCGGAAUCUGUACUAAGGAGCUUAGCAAUGAACUAUGAGAACAUUCCUUCUAUUAUAAGGAAAAGAACUCCUAGGAAAGCUUCCACUGCUGACUUAAGUGAUAGUGCCAGAACUCUGCAUCUGUAGUCUUGAUGCAGAACGCCUAAUUGGCUUUGAUAAUUUAGAACCUGAAUCAGAGUUAUUCAAUUCCUUCAUGUCAUAUAGAGUAGGUCAUAGCUAAAUCUCUCGAAGAAGUCAUGGUUAUCACUCAAGUUUUGAAGCAACAAUUCUUUUUCAGAGUUAUCCAUUCCUUCAUGUCAUAUAGGUCAUAGACUCAUAGCUAAAUCUAGCGAAGAAGUCAUGGUAAUCACUUAGUAGUAUGUGUCAAACUUGGAAGUUGGAUCCAAACACGCAUAUGUAAAUGUUCAUAAUUUUGGAGAUAAAGAAAACAUGGAUAUUAAAUUAGUUUGUGCAAGGGUUCAUUCAGAAGAAUGUCACAACCAAUUAUCUUAAAAACUUACGUUAAUAUUAGGUAAAAGACCAUUAUAAAGAGGCUCUAAUCGAUCGUGAUGAUCUAAUUGUCAUCUUGGCAAUGAUUGCUAAUGGAGAGGUAUGAAGAAUAUUUGUUGAUCCGAGCAUCUUGACAGACUUUAUAAUCUAUAAAUGCUUUAAGAAUAUGGUGUUUUUAGAUUGCGAUUUAUUUGUUUCUGAAGCAGAUUUAGCCAUUUUAAAUAAAUAUUUGUAUAAAUUUUAUCUUACAUUGCAUAUUAUGUAAUUAUUAAGGCCACAUAUCAAAUUUGUUACCACUAUCAUCUUAUAACAUUGUCACCACCACUACCGCUAUCGGCGUUGCCACUAUGCACGACAAUCAAUUCCACCACCCCUUCACAAUCACGGUCACUACCACCACCGCUACUGUCACAAGCCCAAAAUUACCACCUUACGUUGCCACCACUUUCACCACUAUUAUCAUCACCACUCUCCAUCACCACCAUUAGAACCCAUUAGUUUGAAGUACCUCUUAUAUUUUCAUUCAACUCCACCAUCACCACCCGUCCACCCCUUACAUACAAACAUGCCUGUAUCAAUUUAAAAUUAUAUGAUACUUUAAAUUUUUAUCAUAUCUUAUGGAGUUAUGGUACUAGACUUAACACCAUUAAAGUUUAUACUAUAUAAAUAUAACUUAC